GACCAAGAGAGGUGUCCACAUCAAGUCUUCAGGCUAUAAGGUGAUCCAUGUUACAGGCAGGCUGAGAAUCCGGAUGGCAUUGACCCACAGUCGGUCGGUACCCAUUCAGAUCAUGGGCAUGGUGGUGGUAGCCCACGCCCUCCCCCCUCCCACCAUCAACGAGGUGCGCAUAGACUGCCAAAUGUUUGUCACCCGGGUCAACAUGGACCUCAACAUUGUCUACUGCGAGAAUAGAAUUAGCGACUACAUGGACCUGACGCCAUUGGACAUCGUAGGGAAGAGGUGUUACCAGUUCAUUCAUGCGGAGGACGUGGAGGGCAUCCGACACAGCCAUUUAGACUUGAUAAACAAGGGACAGUGUGUGACCAAGUACUACCGCUGGAUCCAGAAGAACGGUGGGUACAUCUGGAUCCAGUCCAGUGCCACCAUCGCCAUCAAUGCCAAGAACGCCAAUGAAAAGAACAUAAUCUGGGUCAACUACGUACUCAGUAAUCCAGAGUACAAGGACACGCCCAUGGACAUCGCCCAGCUGCCCAACCUUCCAGAGAAAGCCUCUGAGUCUUCAGAGACUUCCGACUCCGAGUCCGAGUCCAAAGAGAACUCUGAAGACAACGAGAACUCAAAGUCGGACGGAAAGGGGAACCAGACUGAGAACAGCGAGGACCCGGAGACAGACAGUAAAAAGCAGCAGCAGGGCCAGUCGUCCUCAGAGCAGGAGAUGAGGCGUCAGGAGGAGGGAGACAGCUCCUCCAACCCAGAGAGCCAGGAGAGCGAGGAUGACCUGGAGCCCAGCGACUGCGAGCUGGAGACCAAGGAGAGCAGACUAGGCCGACUGGGGGGCCUGCACAUCAAGGUGGAGCACUACGGAGAUAGAGAUGGAAGAGUAGAGCUGCACAACUCGCCGUCCUCCUCUGAAGAAGAGGAAGAUGAUGAUGAGGACGAUGAUGAUGAUGAUGACGACAGCAUUAAAGACUGUGACAGGGCCACUGAGAUGCUCGCCGCCCCCGCCGCCAGCAAGCAGCAGAAGCGUAAGAAGAGGAGGAAAAAGCAGAAGUGGGACGGUAGUCGUUCUAGACGCCUGCGCCUCUCCUCUGCCACCACCAGCCCUGGCAUCAUGAACCACCCCACCCUGGGGGGGGACGCCGCCCUCCUGCUGCCCCCCUCCCCUGCCAGUGCAUCCGUGCUCAAGAUCAAAACAGAAAUGUCCGAGCCCAUCAACUUCGACAACGACAGCAGCAUCUGGAACUACCCUCCCAACAGGGAGAUCUCCAGGAAUGAGUCCCCCUACAGCAUGACGAAGCACGUCCCAACCCACGACACCUUUCCCUCCCCACAGCCUGGCAGUCUGCAGGUCUCCAUCCCAGACUCAGUGCUCACUCCCCCAGGAACAGAGGGAGGCGGCGGGGGUGGAGGAACCAGGAAGGGCGUUCCUCCCUCCUUCAACGGUAACAGCAGCGCCCCCUCCUCGGCCUCCAGCGUGGCCAGCCUGGCCCCUCCCUCCAGCUCUGGCUCCUCCUCCGACCCCCUGUCCCCACCCCUCUCAGCCUCGCCGCGCGACAAGCAGCAGGGUCAGGGCACCCCCACCGCCUCCAACUCCUCCUCCUCCCUGCUGUACACCAGCGACCUGGAGGCCCUGCAGAGGUUGCAGGCUGGGAACGUGGUGCUUCCUCUGGUCCACCGGGUCACCGGCACCCUCGCCACGACCAGCACUGCCGCCUCCCGGGUGUACACCACUGGCACCAUCCGCUAUGCCCCCGCCGACGUCACCUUGGCCAUGCAGGCAGGCGCCAACCUGUUGCCCAACAACGUUGCCCACGCUAUGAACUUUGUGGAUGUCAACGGUAGCCCCGGCUUCGGCAUCGACCCCAAGACGCCCAUGGAGAUGCUGUAUCAUCACGUCCACCGGCUCAACAUGGCUGGCCCCUUUGGCGGUGCCGUGUCCGGCGCCAGCCUCACCCAGAUGCCAGCAACCAAUGUAUUCACCACGGCAGAGGGACUAUUCUCUACUCUUCCAUUCCCUGUCUACAGUAACGGGAUACACAACACACAAACUCUGGAGCGCAAAGAAGAUUAAAGCAAAACACCAAGACCAUAUUACUGUGUUCAACUGUCAAAGACUCGUUGAGGCAUAAGACUGUGUUUCAAGUGGAAAAUAAAUAUAUUCUAGCACUUUGAAUUUGAGCAAACGAGCUUAUAUAAUAGAAAUGAAUGGCUCCAUGUCUUUCUAUCUUUUCGCUCUCUCUACUGACUCCCACUCUAUCAAUCUUUCGUCCUCUUCUUACUCCUCUUACAGUACGAUGGACAUUUUCUCUGAUCAAACUAAACGGACUAUUCUUUAUUGUAAAGAAUUCCUUUUUGCCUACAGAGAAUGCAUAUUACCGUUGGUCUCCUACUGGAGUCUUGGGUAAACUACUUUUUAUUUGAGUUGAUUAUGUUGCAUCUUUAUGAAGAUGUCUAGUGUAUUUUAAGGGUGAUGGCGGAAAAAAGAUAUUUCUAUGGAAAGAAACCCUUGGAUGGUUUUGCUGCACAUCUUGAUGUGAUCAAGGUAGACGAAGACAAAAGGAUGUUUGACAUGGUCAUAGACAUAACCUUAAAAGAAAGAGAUGUGGAAGUUAUUUCAUAAUGAGGGAAUAGUUGUCUAUUUUAGAAUUAAUUUUUAUUCUUUUUUUUAUAGCUCAGAUUUAACUUGCAAAUCAAGCAUUAAAAAAGCAAUUUCAGCCGGGUAUUGACCUGUGAAUAGAAUGUUACGACAAAUCCCAGGACUUUGGAACAAGAGACAGGUCAGUACAAGAUAUGAGUGUUCUCCCGGUUCCAUUUCCUCGGUUAUGUCUCAAAUGACACCCUAUUUCCUUUAUAGUGCGCCACUUUUUACCAGGCUUAUGGCUCUGGUCAAAAGUAGUGCACUAUAUAGAGAAUAGGGUGCCAUUUGGGAUGCACUCCUUCUCUGCAGUUCCAUGGUGCUACUGUUCCAUCCAGUUACUACCCUCCUUCAGCGGGCUGAUGUAGGUUAUUCUGUUCCACAGCGCUCUCACAGAGAUGAGUGAUUGAGUGACAGCUGGGGAGAUUUCCUUCCUUCGGUAAAGUCAAACCUCUAAUCAACAUAUUUUCAUGUUCAUUACUACUCCCCUCAGUCAAGUUGUUUGAAAGGCUCGGUCGGAUUGGGCCUGAAGGAUAGAAUAUACCUAUAUGGAGCAGGUUGAUUUUAGUUGUAUUUUUUCAAAACUAGAUCACUUUUUCUCAGUGUAACUGAGGCUAAUUUGCAUCAUUAACUUGAAAAAUGAAUGUUUAACUUUGACCGGCUUCUGUCAAUUGUUUUUUCUACUCUACCCUUCCUCUUUCUCUUCCAUCCUAAACCUCACUACUAUCAACAACAGUCUCCCAAAUCUGUUCUUCCAUCAGCCAUUGUCGGACUCUCUGAAAUCACAUAUCAAGGAGAUUGUAAUAAGGACAUGCAUUUCAAUCAAACGGAGUAUGAGUUUUUUUUAAAUCACAUUCCCACAUUUUUUCUCUGUUGCCAAAAAAAAGUUAUUUCACAGUUUGGUGUUAAGAACACUGUGAUUGUUGUUUAAAAAAAAUAGUAAUAAAAUGGAAAAACUGUCACUUCAUCUUUUGACAGCCGUCCAUCAAGUCAUCUAUUACCAAGCGUGAUAACCGUAAACGUGUACAAUGUGUAAGUGUCACUGGCUGUCAGUCUCCAUAGCGAUUUCAGUGUGUGUUACUAUAUGCAGUAUAUACUGAGCUGAUGUAGCCGUUUUGUCCUUUGUCUUCUCUGUGCUUUAUCUGUAGUCUGGGGUUGGACAGGGAACGUUUGUAACCCUCUCCGUCUCCUCUGCAGUCUUAGUGAACCCGUGGAGGUUAGUGGAUUUCGUGUGGUGGCCUUCCAAUGUAGCGUCACCUUUUUGCUGCUUCCUUUUGUCUGUAUUUCUUUCUGUUUCUGCUGUUGCUUUGCUGUUGUGUAGUCUACAGACCUCUCUUUCUCUCAGAGAUAAAAGUCUCUUAACUAGCUCAAAGGUUUAAGGAGCCAUUUUUUGCCACUGAGGAAUUCUGGGAUAACAGUUUCCAGCUUGCAUUUACCUACACUACGAAAAAUGACAACAAAAAGCUAAAGUAGCAUUUAGAUGUAUCUUCUAGACUGGAACCAUAAAAGCCUCAGUUGUGAAACAUUCCCAGAGUCCUUUGUGCUUCUUGUAUGCAUUGGGUGUAUUUCAUUGGUUUCCACCAAACCUGUUGACUUCAAGGACCCUGCAACUUACAGGACAAAAAGAUCACGAUAGCAUUUCAGGACAAUAAACAAUUUUAAAGAUUUCUAAAGAAAUGAAAAUAAAAAAUAUUUCGCACUAUAAAUCUAUUUUUAUAGCUAGGUGUUUUGGAAAUGCAUGUUAAUUAAGUUGAUUGUUUGGUUUACUUCAUUUUGUUCGGUCCAGCAGCUUUGUCUCAACGUUCAGUGUUUUUUAGUCUGUCCAGCAAAGGGAGGGGGAGCCUUUGUCUUUUGAAAUGAAUCAGGCUACUCCCCUACAUCAGGAAACAGUGUCUGUGGUUUCUGUGAAGAUGUGUUGUUACUCAAAUCCAGGUCAUGAAAUAAAUGUGUUUUUAAAAAAAAAAGAACAAAAAUUGGGGGUCGGUUGGUUGGAACGGUGGAAUGGUUGCAGGAGAGCGUAGUGUCACCACUUGAGAUUGAUUCUAUCCUAGAUGUUAGUGUUUUCUACGACGUAGCGAAGCGGGGUGAGAGUGGGAGACUGUCGGGUCGAGGGCAGCUCACUUAAAACAGACACUGUGGACGGACCAGGAAAUACACCCAUAUGUUACAACAGAACAGCAGGGUGAGCUGUUUUAAUGUCUCUGUGACUGUGUUGUGUCAAAAUGAAUUGCUGGUGAUUUAAACUUAAACUAAUCUCAGCUACUGUCAGAUAAAUAGUGUUUAAAAUUAAAAUAUGAAAAAUCACUUCAUUACCUGUGAAGACUGUGUCCGUGUUUUUAACUAUUUCUUGUACAAUUAUACAGAUUCUUUUAUGAGGAACUUGGUGCCAAGUAGAUGAAUACUACAGGAGAAGGGGAUUCUCUUAGUAUCAGUGUUAACAAUGUUAUAAAUUCUAAAUACAAACAAAUUAAAAUAUUAAAAAGAGAAAACGAUGGUACAUUUAUUAUUUGAUUUGUUUUGUUUUUUUCUUUGAAGAAAAAACACAUAACUAACUGAUGCUAACUUUGAGUGCCUGGCUUAUUUUAAAACAUUUUGAAAAACAUAUUUUUAUUUUCAUUUACCAUGAAUAAUGCUGCAAUUCCAGAAAUGUACAUACUUCAUUUUACAACAGGGUUAUUUUAUACUUUUGUAGGUUUCCAUCCUUUCAAAGAAACAUGUCAUACAUGGUUGUUCUUUCUGUAACAAGUUUUUUGUACCAUCUUACAUGUGCCAUAUUCAUAAUAAACUUCUCUUGGAUUUGUUCACA